UGCUCCUGAAUAUAUACUGAUUUGUUCAACAGAUCGAGAGAAAACAUGCCUGAACCAGCGAAGUCCGCGCCUAAGAAGGGCUCCAAGAAGGCCGUCACGAAGACCGCCGCUAAAGGAGGAAAGAAGCGCAGAAAGUCCAGGAAGGAGAGCUACGCUAUCUACGUGUACAAAGUGCUGAAGCAGGUUCAUCCUGACACCGGAAUCUCUUCUAAGGCGAUGGGGAUCAUGAACUCUUUCGUCAACGACAUCUUCGAGCGCAUCGCCGGUGAGUCGUCUCGUCUCGCUCACUACAACAAGCGCUCCACCAUCACAUCGAGAGAGAUCCAGACCGCCGUGCGUCUGCUGCUGCCCGGAGAGCUGGCCAAACACGCCGUGUCUGAGGGCACCAAGGCCGUCACCAAGUACACCAGCUCCAAGUAGAGCUUCGCUCCGACUCUCCGAGACCCAAAGGCUCUUUUAAGAGCC